UCUGGCGUCUGGAGAGCCCCCCCUUCCACCUCCCCCUCCCAGCACUGUCCAUUGGCUUGUCCUGGUCUCUUUUUCAUGUCCAGCCCCUGAUGUGUGUCCAUUGGUGUUAGCCUACCCUUCCCUCCUCCCCUUCUCUCCUGCUCGCCCUGCCCAUGUUUUGUAUGUCUCUGUCCAUCCAGGCUCCUGACGUUCAAGUUCGCAGGGACGUCACGUCCGCACUUGAACUUGCAGCUCAGGGGGGCUUUUGCCAUUUUUUUCAUCUCUCUCUCUCUCUCUCCCUCUCUCUCUCCCUCUCUCUCUCCCUCUAUCUCUCCUCUCUCUUUUUUUUUUUGCCCAAAAAAAAAAGCCAUGACGGCUCUCCCACAAUUCAUCUUCCCUGCGCCAUCUUUGUAUUAUUUCUAAUUUAUUUUGGAUGUCAAAAGGCACUGAUGAAGAUAUUUUCUCUGGAGUCUCCGUCUUUCUAACCCGGCUCUCCCGAUGUGAACCGAGCUGUAGUUCACCAGCCGCCGCCGCCGCCGCCGCCGCCUCCUCCUACUCCACAACCCACCAUGUCUCGCCGCAAGCAAGGCAAGCCCCAGCACUUAAGCAAACGGGAAUUCUCGCCCGAACCUCUUGAAGCCAUUCUUACGGAUGAUGAACCAGACCACGGCACGUUGGGAGCGCCAGAAGGGGACCAUGACCUUCUCACCUGUGGGCAAUGCCAGAUGAACUUCCCAUUGGGGGACAUUCUCAUUUUUAUUGAGCACAAACGGAAACAAUGCAAUGGCAGUCUCUGUUUAGAGAAAGCUGUGGAUAAGCCACCCUCACCUUCGCCAGUUGAGAUGAAAAAGGCAUCCAAUCCUGUGGAGGUUGGCAUCCAGGUCACGCCAGAAGAUGACGAUUGUUUAUCAACGUCAUCUAGAGGAAUUUGCCCCAAACAGGAACAUAUAGCAGAUAAACUUCUGCACUGGAGGGGACUUUCUUCCCCUCGUUCUGCACAUGGAGCUCUUAUUCCCACACCCGGGAUGAGUGCAGAAUACGCCCCACAGGGUAUUUGUAAAGAUGAGCCCAGCAGCUACACAUGUACAACUUGCAAACAGCCAUUCACCAGUGCAUGGUUUCUCUUGCAACACGCACAGAACACUCACGGAUUAAGAAUCUACUUAGAAAGCGAACACGGAAGCCCCCUGACCCCGCGGGUUGGUAUCCCUUCAGGACUAGGUGCAGAGUGUUCCCAGCCUCCACUUCAUGGGAUUCAUAUUGCAGACAGUAACCCCUUUAACCUGCUAAGAAUACCAGGAUCGGUAUCGAGAGAGGCUUCGGGUCUCGGCGAAGGGCGCUUUCCACCCACCCCCCCUUUGUUUAGUCCUCCACCGAGACAUCAUUUGGAUCCCCAUCGCAUAGAGCGCCUAGGGGCAGAAGAAAUGGCCCUGGCCACCCAUCACCCGAGUGCCUUUGACAGGGUGUUGCGGUUGAAUCCUAUGGCUAUGGAGCCUCCCGCUAUGGAUUUCUCUAGGAGACUUAGAGAGUUGGCAGGGAACACGUCUAGCCCACCGCUGUCCCCAAGCCGGCCCAGCCCUAUGCAAAGGUUACUGCAGCCAUUCCAGCCAGGUAGCAAGCCGCCCUUUCUAGCUACGCCCCCCCUCCCUCCUCUACAGUCUGCCCCUCCUCCCUCCCAGGCCCCAGUCAAGUCCAAGUCCUGCGAAUUCUGCGGGAAGACGUUCAAAUUCCAGAGCAACCUGGUAGUGCACCGGCGGAGCCACACGGGCGAGAAGCCAUACAAGUGCAACCUCUGCGACCACGCGUGCACCCAGGCCAGCAAGCUCAAGCGCCACAUGAAGACCCACAUGCACAAGUCGUCCCCCAUGACGGUCAAGUCGGACGACGGCCUGUCCACCGCCAGCUCCCCGGAGCCCGGGACCAGCGACCUGGUGGGCAGCGCCAGCAGCGCCCUCAAGUCGGUGGUGGCCAAGUUCAAGAGCGAGAACGACCCCAACAUGAUCCCGGAGAACGGGGACGAGGAGGAAGAGGAGGACGACGAGGAAGAGGAAGAAGAGGAGGAAGAGGAGGAGGAGGACCUGACGGAGAGCGAGAGGGUGGACUACGGCUUCGGCCUGAGCCUGGAGGCGGCCCGCCACCACGAGAACAACUCCCGGGCUGGCGAGGAGAACCGCUCCAUCCCCGACGUGAUGCAGGGCAUGGUGCUGAGCUCCAUGCAGCACUUCAGCGAAGCCUUCCACCAGGUCCUGGGCGAGAAGCAUAAGCGAGGCCACCUGUCUGAGUCCGAGGUGCACAGGGACACUUGCGACGAAGACUCAGUCGCGGGAGAAUCCGACCGCAUAGACGAUGGCACUGUCAACGGGCGCGGCUGCUCCCCGGGAGAGUCGGCGUCGGGGGGCUUGUCCAAAAAGCUGCUCCUGGGCAGCCCCAGUUCGCUGAGCCCUUUCUCCAAGCGCAUUAAGCUCGAAAAGGAGUUCGACCUGCCCGCCACCGCGAUGCCCAACACCGAAAACGUUUACUCCCAGUGGCUCGCCGGCUACGCGGCGUCCCGGCAGCUCAAAGACCCCUUUCUCAACUUCGGAGACUCCAGACAAUCGCCUUUUGCCUCGUCCUCAGAGCACUCGUCGGAGAACGGCAGUUUGCGCUUCUCCACGCCGCCCGGGGAGAUGGACGGAGGCAUUUCGGGCCGCAGCGGCACGGGAAGCGGUGGGAGCACUCCGCAUAUUAGUGGCCCGGGCCCUGGCAGGCCCAGCUCAAAAGAGGGCAGACGCAGCGACACUUGUUCUUCACACACCCCCAUUCGGCGUAGUGCCCAGAGAGCUCAAGAUGUGUGGCAGUUUUCGGAUGGAAGCUCGAGAGCCCUUAAAUUCUGAGAAAAUUUGAUGCCCUUUCCCCCCACCCAAGGCAGGGUGGGAUGUCCUGCCGCCCAGCCGACUUCAGAGCGUGGUCUGUCAUCCUGCUAGUUUGUGAUGUUUUCUGACAGUAGCCUCCAAGAAGCCGUCGUGUGAAGAGUCCUGCGGAGUCCUUCCCGUCUGGGCCUGCAGCGCCAUUUUAUUUAUAUUUUUUAAUAAAAAAAAAAAAUAAAAACAGAAACAAACAAACAAAAAAACCAGAAUCUCAUUGAAACAGUGAAUCAGUCCCAUGUUAUAGGGCCCAUUGGCCGUCACUGUCUUUGGGUGACGCCCACGCCCUCUUGAAACCAGCCAAUUUAAUUACCUGUACUGUGGAAAAGAGCAUGAGUCCCCCAACCCAUUGUUUCUAUACAUUCUACGUUGUCUUUUAAAACUUGUGCUUAACAUUGACACAAUAAAUGUUGGAGCUUUA